AGUCAUCAAGCCGUCAGCCGAUCUACAACUCCUAUACCUCCUCUCUCACCACGUCACACAUAAUGUCGCUCGAGCAGAGAUUCGAAGAUGCCGCCGAGCGCGUAAAGACCUUAACGAAGCGGCCGACGGACCUGGAACUGCUCGAGCUCUACGCGCUGUUCAAGCAGGCGACCGUAGGUGACGUCAACACAGGUCGGCCGGGAAUGUUCGAUCUGAAAGGCAAGGCUAAGUGGGACAUGUGGAACAACAAGAAGGGCACGAGCAAAGAAGAAGCUAUGGAGGCCUACAUCAAGCUCGUCGACAAGCUCCUCGAGAUGUACAAGGAUGAGGAGGAGGAGGAGGAGUGAUAGCAUCCUUCACUCCUGAGGCGACGCUGCUGUGUCUAUCCUAUACUGUAUUUUAAUUCGUUAUACGCAUAUGUUGAUGCAGGUGUUCUUCUUCUGUAAGGCUACUUAUCCUCACUACUUUUGUAAGCGAUCUGCGUGUACCUUUUUCUACCACCAGACUCUGUUAUAUAUAUAUAUAUAUAUAUUUUAAAGUAUUCCAAUAAUCAUCGAUUUACAGUUACUGGCUUUUUUCAUUCGCACAUUCACACUGCAGUCUACUGCACGUCGAGGCCGACCUUCGCGCGAAUCGACGACUGUCCGCGAACACAGCACACAUUGUAUGCCUGGAAUUUGUUCGUUGCAAUGCAGUCGUUACAUUGUUCAUUGUUAAAUUUUAACAAGGCGCGCAUUACAUUAUAAGGCACGUACGCUCGUUACUCACCGCAAAAAAAAAACCCGGUCUCGUUACAUUCGGCGAACUUUUCGCAAACUCGGAAGAGAGACGGGGCAUCCCGAUAACGCGAGUACGAGUAUAUUACCCAUAUGCGAACAUGGCUUGUUAUACUCAUAGCAGCUAUAAGCGCAAUGCACGCUUUGCGCGGGGCUUAUCGAAUUUCCCCUCCUCCGAUGCGACCUCUCCUCUUGUCGCGACUUCCCUUCCUCUCCGCCGGCGCGUCUGACUCGCCUUUUGCAGCUGCCUUUGGCUUUAGUACUGCCCGCAGCAGCCGCCCGACGCACAUUCGGCUCAUCGCAGUUCCGGCUAUCUCUCUCACUCGAUCAGCAGUCCACUGGAAGCUAUCUUGCGAUCAUGUCCCUCGACGAGAACUUCAACAAAGCCGCGGAGGAGGUGAAGGAGCUGGCCUCGUCGCCCGCGGACGCCGACCUGCUCGAGCUCUACGCCCUCUACAAGCAGGCCACCGUCGGAGACUGCAACACCUCGAGGCCCGGUAUGCUCGACUUCAAAGGCAAGGCCAAGUGGGACGCCUGGAACGGCAAGAAGGGCAUGAGCCAGGAGGAGGCGAAGAAGCUCUACAUCGAGAAGGUCGAGGCCCUGAUCGCCUCCAUCGGCAAGAAGUGAUCGAGUAACGCUCGAUUCAUAGCACAAUUACACGUGGUUCUCACGACUUUUUGAUAUUAUUCUAUGUAAGAUAAAUGCAUUUUUCAAAGUGUCGCGUCGCGCACACACGGCAAUUUAUAUAUUACAGAGGAAUUGCUAGAUUCAUUGUUCGAUAGAGGCACGAUGAACGUUUUUUCUACACUUCGUAUUGCUGGAUUUCCAUUAUGCGUUUAGUUGAUUUAUCCUUCUGUUGAUUAUUUUCUGAUGCGAAUUUACUGUACACUUUCAUAUGUACGAUGAUCUACAAUCAAACUUGUUGUAUUUGAAAAAAAAAAUAAAGGUUAUUACAGAAAA